AUGCUACUGAAAUUUGAGGCUGUAAUUCUUUUUAUCCUUGCUGUUGACAAGUCUUGGAAAACUUGCAAGAAAUAUGAUAACAGAACAAAUUCUCUUAUAAGUGGAGGAUGGGAUACAUCUUCCUGGGGUUUAAAUUCAAAUACAGAACCACAGACUCAGCCGAUAUCUCCAACAGCAAUCACCAAGCCAGUAAGGAGAACAGUAGUAGAUGAAUCUGAAAACUUCUUCAGUGCCUUUCUCUCUCCAACUGAUGUUCAGAGCAUACAGAAAAAUCCAGUGGUUUCCAAACCUCCAGCCAAAUCCCAGCGACCCAAAGAGGAGGUGAAAAGCACUUUGAAGGAAUCUCUACACACCAGUCAGCUGGAAGUACCAGUGACAACAGAGGUGGAAGUGACAGAUUCCUCUGUAGCUGACCUACAGAGGUUGAAAAACCCUGAUAUUCCCCAGGAGAAGUUAGAAGAGAAUUCUGUGCUUGAAUCUCAUGCCAAGCCUGAAGAAAGCACAAAUGAAGUUACUGACAAAAAGGUGUCUGCUCUGAAUUUGAAGGUACCUGAAGAGGCUGUUAAUGAAAAAUCCAGUGGAGGGAGGGAUGGAGCAGGAGGUGCACUGGCUAGCACUUCGCAAUCGUUUAAUGCAGGUACAAAAGACGUGGGUUUGGAAGCUAAGGAGCAAAAAACUGAGGACAGGCAAAGCAAUACACCUUCACCUCCAAUUAGCACUUUCUCCUCAGGGACAUCCACAACUAGUGAUAUUGAAGUUUUAGACCAUGAAAGUGUAAUAAGUGAGAGCUCCGCAAGUUCAAGACAAGAAGCUGCAGACUCGAAAUCCAGUCUUCAUCUAAUGCAGACGUCGUUUCAGCUUUUAUCUACGUCUGCUUGUGCAGAUUAUAAUCGUUUAGAUGACUUUCAAAAACUGACUGAAAGCUGCGGCUCCUCUGAUGCUUUUGAAAGAAUUGAUUCAUUUAGUGUGCAAUCUUUAGAUAGCAGAAGUGUAAGUGAAAUAAAUUCAGAUGAUGAGUUAUCAGGUAGGGCUUGUGCUUCAGCAUCUGUCACUGUCAUUCCUCCUGCACCAAAGACAGAAAUGGUUGAUCCCAUGAAAAAUAAAUGUGAAGAUGUGAAUGACACUCCUAUUUUACAUGCUGAGGAAGCUGAGAUGGAAGAGAGUGGGAGAAGCGCAACUCCUGUUAAUUCUGAGCAGCCAGAUGUUUUGCUUGCUACUGUGCCAGCUGAUGAAGAACAGACUGUGAAAGAGGAGAGUCUGUUGCAGCAGGAAGCUGUUGAAAAACUGCUUGAAGAGGAGGCCGAAAAGCAAGAGCUUAAAAAGGUGAUUGAUUCCUUGACGGAGAAACUGGAGAAGAGGGAAAUACAAUUAUUAAGUACUAGUAAAGAAAAGGCACGCCUGGAAGAAGCUUAUGAUAACCUAAAAGAUGAAAUGUUUAGAAUGAAAGAAGAGAACAGUAGCAUUUCAUCUCUUAAAGAGGAGUUUGCUCAGCGAAUAGCAGAUGCUGAAAAGAAGCUCCAGCUUGCAUGCAAAGAAAGAGAUACCGCUAAAAAGGAAGUAAAGAAUGUUAAAGAAGAAUUGGCUACUAGACUUAAUUGUAAUGAAACUGCUGAAUUACUGAAAGAAAAAGAUGAGCAAAUCAAAGGAUUAAUGGAAGAAGGAGAAAAGCUUUCCAAACAGCAGUUGCACAAUUCCAACAUUAUUAAGAAACUAAGAGCGAAGGAGAAAGAGAGAGAAAACACUAACACAAAACAGAACAAAAAGAUUAAGGAACUGGAAGAGGAAUUGCAGCAUUUAAAACAGGUACUUGAUGGCAAGGAAGAUCUUGAGAAGCAGCAUCGAGACAGCAUUAAACAACUGAACAGUGUUGUAGAGCGACAAGAAAAGGAUCUUGGUAAACUUCAGGCAGAGGUGGAAGAUCUUGAAGAGCGGAACAGAAGUGUCCAGGCAGCACUUGAUAGUGCAUACAAGGAACUUGCAGAUCUUCAUAAAGCUAAUGCUACAAAGGACAGUGAGGCACAGGAAGCAGCCCUAAGUCGGGAAAUGAAGGCAAAAGAAGAACUUGGUUUAGCUUUGGAAAAGGCCCAGGAUGAGGCACGGCAACAACAAGAAGCUUUAGCAAUUCAGGUGGCAGACCUGAGGCUAGCGCUGCAGCGUGCAGAACAGCAGGCGGCAAGAAGGGAAGACUAUUUACGUCAGGAAAUCGGUGAACUACAACAGAGACUUCAAGAAGCAGAGAGUCGGAAUCAAGAACUGAGUCAAAGUGUUACAUCUGCUACACGGCCGCUUCUCCGGCAGAUAGAAAAUUUGCAAGCCACACUGGGAGCUCAAACCUCCUCAUGGGAAAAAUUGGAAAAGAACCUUUCUGACAGACUUGGUGAGUCUCAAGCCCUUCUGGCAGCAGCUGCUGAGAGAGAACGGGCUGCUACAGAAGAACUUCUUUCUAAUAAAGUUCAGGUGUCUUCUACUGAAUCUCAAAAUAGUCUUUUAAGGCAAGAAAACGCUCGUCUUCAGGCUCAACUAGAAGCAGAGAGAACCAGACUGAAGAAAAUGGAAAGUGAAAACAGUAGAUACGAGGUUGAACUAGAAGGUCUCAAAGAUGAGUAUGCAAAAACCCUUGAAGAUGCAAAGAAAGAAAAGAUGCUCUUAGCCACUCAGUUAGAAAUGGAGAAAAUGAAAGUCGAACAGGAAAGAAAGAAGGCAGUUUUUGUGCAAGAAGCAGCAAAGGAGAAGGAUCGGAAGUCAUUUACAGUUGAAACUGUUUCAAGUACUCCAACUAUGUCACGCUCUAGUUCCAUAAGUGGAGUUGACAUGGCAGGUCUUCAGACAUCUUUUCUCUCACAGGAUGAUCCUCAUGAUCACUCAUUUGGGCCAGUAUCUACUAGUGGGAACAAUCUUUAUGAUGCUAUAAGGAUGGGAGCAGGUUCAAGUAUAAUUGAAAACCUUCAGUCACAGUUAAAACUAAGAGAGGGAGAGAUUUCACAUCUACAGCUGGAAAUUGGAAACCUUGAAAAAACACGAUCAAUAAUGGCAGAAGAACUUGUUAAAUUAACAAAUCAAAAUGACGAACUUGAAGAGAAAGUGAAGGAAAUACCAAAAUUACGUGCACAGUUAAAGGAUUUGGAUCAAAGAUACAAUACAAUUCUUCAGAUGUAUGGAGAGAAAGCAGAGGAGGCUGAAGAACUCCGACUAGAUCUUGAAGAUGUGAAAAACAUGUACAAGACUCAGAUAGAUGAACUUCUAAAACAAAGACAAAAUUAACUCCUGAUGGAACUCUAACAUUAUUAUAUGAUAAAUUGUAAAGAUAGUUGUUUAUGUAAAUGCUCAAUUUAAAUGUCUUGUAAAAAUAAUAAUUGUAUUAUAGAAAGUGUGACUAUAUUAUAGAGUUCAUAUGUUGACAAAAAUCAAUGCUUUAACAGUGUCUUGUACUGUCUGCAGUUAAAUUAUUUGUGCAAUAUUUAAGACUUUUUUUAAAAUCAUCCCUUUAUUUAAGUUCUUACUAAACAGCGGACCAUUUUACUUGUAAACAGCAGCAGACUGGAUGGUUGAAUGUUACCUCACAUGAGGGGAAGGCACUGGAAGGCAUGAUUUUUACUAAAGCAGCCCUUGAUUCAUAAACUCUUUAUUCCUGAAAACGACAUUAGAAGUCUUUUUUAAAUAUUCGGAAUGUGUUUUUUCUAAAAUCUCAUCAAAUAGUUUUUAAUAACAGAAAAUAGCAGUAGCUUUCUGUCUAAAGCCUAAAUAGUAGAUAUUUUUAUCAAGGGAAAAAUCUCAGAUUUGUACUUUCACGUUCUGAACACGUUUGGACGAUGAUUCUCUAUUCUUACACACUUGGUGUAAAACAGCCAUUAUACUAAUCUAAGUCCUCCAAAGCAGAGUUUGAGACUCAAGGCUGAAACCUUACAGUUACUGCUUCAUCUGUAGUUACUGCUUGUGCUAUGUCUCAUGAGCUGUCUAGAAACAGCAGGUCUGCUUGUAACUCUAAAUGCGUUUAACUUUUAACACCAGAAAUCUGGACUAUUCAGUGUUUGUUCUAUGGUUUGAUGCUGAUUUUUAAACAGAAGUUGAAAAGAAUGCAGAAAAAUACAAAUUUUUUCAAAUUAAGUAAUUACUGCUACUCUCAUGUAAUUGCUCCUUGUAUAUAGAGAACAAGAUGUAGAUUUUUGAAAAACUGUACUGUGACUUAAUAUAGUUCUCAAGCUGG